UUCUGUAACAGCUUCUUCAACCAUGGCCACCUCGGCGAGCUCUCACCUGAGCAAAGCUGUCAAGCAAAUGUACAUGAAACUCCCGCAAGGGGAGAAAGUGCAAGCCAUGUACAUAUGGAUUGAUGGGACCGGCGAAUUUCUGAGAUGUAAAACUCGGACAUUGGAACGGGAGCCCAAGAACGUUGAAGAUCUACCAGAGUGGAAUUUUGAUGGCUCCAGCACCUUCCAGUCCGAGGGCUCCAACAGCGACAUGUACCUCGUGCCGUCCGCUAUGUUCCGGGACCCUUUCCGUAGAGACCCCAACAAGUUGGUGCUCUGUGAGGUCUUUAAAUACAACCGCAAGCCUGCAGAAACAAAUCUCCGGUAUACCUGUAGGAAAAUGAUGGACAUGGUGUCUAACCAAAUCCCAUGGUUUGGGAUGGAGCAAGAAUAUACCCUUCUUGGAACAGAUGGACAUCCAUUUGGUUGGCCUUCCAAUGGCUUCCCUGGACCACAAGGUCCAUACUACUGUGGCGUUGGUUCAGACAAAGCCUACGGCCGGGACAUUGUGGAAGCCCAUUAUAAGGCCUGUUUAUACGCAGGUGUGAACAUCGGAGGCACAAAUGCAGAAGUGAUGCCUGCACAGUGGGAGUUCCAGGUGGGUCCUUGUGAAGGAGUCGAGAUGGGUGACCACCUCUGGAUCGCUCGAUUCAUCCUGCAUAGAGUAUGUGAAGAUUUUGGCGUCAUCGUGUCUUUUGACCCCAAGCCCAUCCCCGGGAACUGGAAUGGAGCAGGCUGCCACACUAACUUCAGCACCAAAGCUAUGAGAGAGGAGGGAGGCCUCAAGUACAUCGAAGAGGCCAUUGAGAAGCUGGGCAAACGCCACCAGUACCACAUCCGAGCUUACGACCCCAAAGGGGGGCUGGAUAACGCCCGGCGCCUGACCGGCUUCCACGAGACGUCAAACAUCCACGAAUUCUCUGCUGGGGUCGCCAACCGGGGCGCCAGCAUCCGCAUCCCGAGGAGCGUAGGCCAAGAGAAGCAGGGCUACUUCGAGGACCGCCGGCCCUCCGCCAACUGUGACCCUUACGCUGUGACCGAGGCUCUUGUCCGCACCUGUCUCCUCAACGAAACCGGGGACGAGCCCUUUGAGUACAAGAACUAGGCGGUCUUUGCCCUC